AUGAACGAAUCUGUCGCCGGCCCGACAAACACUUCCGACGGGUCCAACGCCGAGGAGGCCCGUAGCCAAUCUGGCACCAAACCCGCCGCCAUCAAGGAUAAGCAGUGCCAGUACUGCCACCAGAACUUCACCUCCUCCUCCCUCGGCCGCCACCUCGACCAGUACCUGUUCAAGAAGAAACCAGACGGUGUGCAUGAUGUCGAGGAGAUACGCCGUCUGCGCAGCGGCAUCACACGGCGAACAACACGUAACUCCAGUAAGCGCGAAAGCCCAGAUGUCGCUUCUAUGUCGACUACUCCGGGAAAGGCUGCUUCCAUCGAGUCAAGGAGUGAGAGUGGCCCGCAAUUGAAUGGCAAGUCGAGCAGAACCGGGUUCCAAGUGUUGCUUAAUCAACCCACCUGGCAUUCCACGGGUGUGAUCAAUGAUAUUCCGAAUACCGCUCAAAUAUCACAGCUGCGAGUGCCAACGACGGGUAUCGACUAUUCCAUACGGCCAUCGGAUAAGUCUACUCCAGAAACGACCAGAGCUUUAGAGCUGGCGCUGAGGGAAGUGUUGGAUAAUGUGAGGGCAGCAGUUUCUAGGACCGAAUCACGAGUAAAUCCCUUUGACUUCGACCUCCAACGUCAGACGUUUCCGGCCCUUUGUCUCCAAAUUCUUCCCCCACCUCCUAGUCUUUUUUCCACCCAUCCAUUCGCGACCCCCACUUCUUUCCCCCUCGAUCCUCCCGGAUUUGACAGGGGGGACAUUUUAAAACAGGCUCUACUAGUUCAGAUACAACAAUGGAAGUCCGAUCAGCUAUCUGUGGCAGCUUCAGCUGCUACACAUCAAGGAACUGGUGGUCCUAAUACUGUACAUCCAUCGACACUGGACCCGGAAAUGAUCGAGAGGUCUGCCCAGCAACACGAAGAGAUGGCUGUCAGACAUCUCGAACUAUCGUUGAACCAUUGGAUGUCCACUUCCCCGAAUGAUCGAGUUAAUAUCUGGCAAAGGGAGAUUACCCGUGCGUUUGCACGGGAGAAGGAGAAACGGCAGGAAAUUGAGAAGCAGUUAUUACGGACGCAGCAAGAGGCGAACCAGCUACGGGGACAAAUCGAACGAUUGGAAAAUUGCCAGUGGCCCCGAGAAUUUUCCAUAUUUCCCCCAGAUAUGCUCCCGAUUUCACACGCUGUGUCCAGAGAGCUAGCUGAGGACAGCAAAGUGAUCGGAAUCGAGUCUUCUCGGUGGGACUAUGACAAUAUAGUGGCGAAAUGGAAAAGAGUGGUAAUGCAUGAUAAGAGCAUGGGUAGAGCUGGCUCGGGGGUGGCUACAAGCAUAUUCUCGGAUAAUAGCAACUCGCUGCACAGCAAUAAUAACAGCGACAACGGAAGCAUCCUAAGCCUCAAUAACAACCGGAAUGCAUCGAACAGCGGGGGUUUUCACUACUCGCAACACCACUAUGGGACGAAGCCUCCCUCUCCGCAACUCAAUGCCCCAGUCACCCCUGACACGUCGGCCACACAACCCUAUGCACUGAACAGCACGCAGUCAACCCCCUACCAAACACGUGACCCAAAUCGUACAGACGAACCCUUCAGGCCUCCCAAGCGAAGAUGCACAAGCAACAAUGCCUGCACCCAGAGCUCCACGCAUCAAACAGAUGAAAAGACAGGCAAUGCUAGCCAGAGUUUGAACCCCCAGCAAGCACGACCAUCCUCAUCUGAAUAUUCGUCACAGCAAACCCACUCCUCUCCCAUUGCCCUCAAUCAGUACCGCUCCACGUACCCAACAAAUCCUUCCUCAAUAACCACAGGCACGACCUCUCCAACCCUACACUCUAAAACUAGCCCGGUUAGUGGCCCGGGAAAGGACAAAUCCUACCACCGUCCUACAAAUAAUGAUCCGAUCGGCACAACUACUAAGGACACUCAUAGCAGUCUCGGUGACUACAACCACAAUAACGGCAUGAAAGUGAUAUCCCGAAUAAGCGGCGGUGGAGACGAUUGGAAGUUCUCAUACAUCAAUAACGACGAUGGUAAUGCCAAUGAGGCGGCGAACAAUAAUAAUAAACAUAACAUGAAUGGUCGCAAUGGACAUAGCAAUGGGCUGGAGAUGCUGAUGGGAGCUUGUUCGCAGCAGCAGGCAAAUAAUGUGCCGUGA